AUGUUGGGCUAUAAGACAGAGGACAGCGGGGUGACUGAGCCCCCACAAGUCCCUCCACACCCCACUCAGAGACGACUUGACGAACCAAUCCUUCGUCCAACCCCGUUCUAUAAACCACCCUCGUCCCUAUCUGUAAUUAUUAUGGCGGGUGGACCAGUUGCGGCUGGAGGCGGCUUAGGAGGCGAUGGAGCUCCCAAAAAUAAGUUUGCAGGUAUUCUUAUGACUGCUUUUGCUGCGUUCGGUGGUAUUUUGUAUGGUUAUGACACUGGUGUUAUCUCUGGCAUCAAAGAGAUGGACGACUGGCUGAGAACAUUUGGUCACCAAAAUGCGACGGGUAAAUAUGCCAUCACCACAGGUCAAGAAUCCUUGGUAGUCGAUUCUUUCUGCGGGUACCUUCGUGGGUGCUCUUCUGGCUGCGCCGGUGGGCGACUUCAUUGGUCGCAAAUGGGGUGUCGUAUUCUCAACGCUCAUUUUCUCGAUGGAGUCGCUCUUCAGACGGGAACUUUGAACAUGGACGUCUUUGUUGUUGGUCGUGUCUUCGCAGGUCUUGGUGUUGGGAUGAUGUCUACUUUGGUGCCAAUGUACCAUCAGAAUGUGCGCCCAAAUGGAUUCGUGGGGCAGUCGUAUCUUGCUACCAAUGGGCAAUCACAUUGGUUUGCUCGUUGCCGCUAUCGCCAACAACGGCACCAAGAACCGGCCUGA